AAACUCAUUCCCAUCUGUCAAACAUUCACAACCUGGAAAGCCGUAGUUAAAAAGGUGCUGCUUGGAACAUUAUUUAAAAAUUUACAAUUGAUUCACCUAUCUAAGCGACGGUAAUCUUGAAAAUAAUCGUCAUGUCGACUGCUAACGUCGCCACAUAUCUGGCAGAACAGAAGAAAAUUACCGACAAAGAUUUAGCCGCUGAGUGGACUCAAAUUGAGGAGCUGUACAAUGAGAAAUUGUGGAACGAGUUAACUAUUAAACUCAAUAGUUUCGUUAAGAAUCCAGCCCUGCAGAAUGAAGAAGCUUUGUUAGCUCUGUAUCACAAUUUUAUUACUUCUUUUGAGACUAAAAUAAAUCCGUAUGGUCUCGUGGAGAUUCUGACCAUCGUCAUUUCAUUCAUAGCGGACAAAAAAGAAGCGGUUAAUUUUCUAGAGAAACUAAAGGAAAAAGUGAAGGUGUGCGAUGAGGCACUAUGGAUGUGCAAAGUACUGCAGGGACAGAUUUAUUUGGAGCAUCUAAACGAGCUGGACGAAACGAAAAAGAUAAUUGAGGAUUUGAAGGACAUCUUGGAAGAGGCCGGUAAUGUGACGCCAGUACACGGCAAAUACUACAUGUUAGCAGCCAAUUACUACCGACUAGUUGGACAGCAUAGUGACUACUAUCGAUGCGGUCUGCAAUUUUUGGGUUGCUCUAUGGAUUCAUAUCCAAAGGAUCAAUGGCCACAACAAGCGUUUUUCCUCGGUUUGGCAGCUUUAUUAGGCGAGGGUAUCUACAACAUAGGAGAAUUGUUGGCUCAUCCAAUCCUAGAGUCCUUAAAUGGAACCGAGAAUGAAUGGUUAGUGGAGCUGCUGCGUGCGUUCAACUUCGGUGACAUCAUCAAGUUUGAACAGAUGAAGCCUAAAUGGAGCACCAUUGCAGAUUUGGCUGCCCAGGAAGUGAAACUUCGCCAAAAAAUAUCCCUCCUGUGUCUAAUGGAGAUGACCUUUAAACGACCCGCCAAUAAGCGCACCAUAAGUUUCGAAGAGAUCGCCGCAGAAGCGAAGCUGCCCAUCAAGGAGGUUGAGAUACUUAUUAUGAAAGCACUAGCCCAAGGAUUGGUUAAAGGUGCAAUCGAUGAAGUGGCCGGGGUCGUUAAUAUGACCUGGGUUCAACCCAGAGUACUAGACCGGAAGCAGGUUGCGGCCAUGGCUGGUACUCUCGACACCUGGAUGUCAUCGAUCACUUCUAUGGAACAGCUCAUCGAAAGCCGGGCGAGUGAGAUUCUCACGAAUUAAAAUGAAGUAGAUUAUUUUCUUUCGAAUAAGAAACCCCUUUUUGAGUAACAA